UCUAUGUCUUUUCUCGAUCUGUGUUCCGCUGUUUAUGCUUGUAUUUUUCCGCUGACGACGUCGGGUAAUGUUAAAAACUGAGGUUUGUGAAAGGACGGCGGCCAAUCGGGGAUUGCAUUUACGAGCGAUCUGAUCGACAUUAAAGAAAAAUAUCAGUUUUUUUAGCCUUUCACAUCCUAUGAAAAUGCUGUUCAAAAAAGUGACUCACGUUAUGUUUGAUAUGGAUGGACUUCUAAUUGAGUCCGAGUCUGUGUAUGAUAAAAUUAUGAAUGACAUAGCAGCAGUAUAUGGUAAAGAAUAUACCACAGACAUUAGAGUGAAAGUUUUGGGAACCCCAGAAAAGGACACAGCCAGAAUAGCUGUCACAGAAAUGGGACUGCCCAUUUCACCUGAAGAAUUCCUAAUAGUUUACAGAGAAAAAGUAUACAAGGAGUUGCAAAACCCAGUUCUAAUGCCGGGAGCUAAGGAACUGGUCAAACACUUUUAUAAGAACGAGAUACCAAUAGCAGUGGCGACAUCUUCUUCGCAGGAUUGUAUGGAGCUUAAGACAAAGAACCAUCAGGAUAUCUUUAAGUUGUUUCACCAUAUCGUUUGUGGAAGUACCGAUCCUGAGGUCAAGCAUGGAAAACCUGCCCCUGAUAUAUUUUUGGUGUGUGCCUCGAGGUUCCCCGAUAAACCCCAUCCUUCUCAGGUAUAA